AUGAUUCACCUUGUUCCCAUUUUUGCCAUUUUCCUGAUCGCAUAUUCUAACGUUUUAAAUAAAUUUUACUCGAGGAAACUGGUUCACCUGGGCUGUGGACUCGUUAUGGCGAAGAUCAACUACCCCAACGUGCCGCUGAAAUACGUAAUAUUGACCAUCGCGGCAGUGUCGGUGCUCGUCAGCUUUGUUAGGCCGUUCCCGUUCGGCAACAAGAACGACAUCGGCAUAAUAUCGUACAAUCUCACCAUAAUCGCGUUCAUUCUGAUGAACUUGCCGAUUCGAAUUCUACUUCCCAUGUUCGUGGUUGACCCGAUGGCCUCGAUCGUUGGAUGCAAUAUCAAAAGCCCCGUUUGGAUACACACUAAAACGGUUUUCGGCAGUCUGGCCUGCUUCUUUUUCUCAAUGAUCACGCUCUACUAUGUAAACAACAUUUACCACCGCCUCAUUUUAAGCGUCAUUCUCACGCUCACUGAAGGCCUGCUUGAGUAUUCCGACAACGUCGGCAUCAUUUUCACGCUCACCACCUACUACUUUUUGGCCACCAAGUACAACUAUCCAAUAGACUUGGACUUUAAACUUCUGUGA